UUCGCGAACGCGUCGCGCCUGCAGCUCCGAUCUGUAGGAUCUACUCUAUAAGAGAAAAUAAUAAGAGAAUAAUAAAGUCCGAUUUCGUAAUACCGCCAUCCCAAAUCCCCGCUUAUCAGUCAAACUGACUGAACUUUAUAUUUUUUUUUGUUCUGUGCUCGCGAGUUUUGAAAAAUGAAAGGAAAAACGUGAUCGAUCGAUCGAACGGAAGAGUGGAUCUAUUGUUACCACUAUCUCUUCAAGUGCCUCAUUUUGUUGUUAUUUUCUCACUUAACCAUGAGUUGUGGUCCCAUAACUCAGCAUGCGAUAAGCUAAAUCUCCGGAAAAGAACCGAGAAGAAGCCAGUGCCAGUGAAUCUCCGAAAUCAAUUCGAAAUGCCGGCGCUACCAAACGAAAUCGAUUGUCAGGGAUCGGGGGCUGACAUUAAUGACAACUUUGGAAUGGACUCACACAUUUACGAGAACCUGCCGGGUGGUACAUCCCCUAAAUCUUCUUCACCCAAGAGCCCGAAGAAUCACCCUGUACCGAUUCUUCGCAAGUAUUUUCGACGCGAGGCAAUCUACGAGAAUUUGUGCGCCGGCUGCGGUUACGGGGUAUUUGGAGCUCCAGGUCGUUACUGCCAUUUCUGUCAGUGCAUCGUUAGCGGGGGGGUGGUGGUGCCUGCAGCCCCUCUUGCAGAGAAUUCUUCAGAGAAUCCUCAGGAUAGCAAUAUCUAUGAAAAUAUCUGUGAACUGUGCCGCGGCAUUUACAGUGACAACGAAAAGUGUCAGUGCCAGAAGGAAAAUGAAAAAGAAAACACCAAAGACAAUUAUAGCACCCCUAGAAACACCACCCUAACACCCACACCCACCCCCACGCCUCUGCCAACGCCUACGUCUACGUCACUUCCAGCGGCAAAGACCAACAGCCGAUCGCGAACGCUCUUGAACUACUCAAAGAGCAGCGCCGCGACCUUGACACGUCUCUUUGGCUCCCUGAAGCAGCUCAACCGCUCGGCCUCCCUGCAGCGCAAGCUUUUCCAGCGCGAGGUGAAGGCCGGCGGCGGCGGUGGCUCCCUGGAGAUAAUCCACAACGUGGACGAGGUUUUUCGCACCCAGGAGACCUUUGACAUGCAGCGCAUUUGCCAGCUUAAGAGCGAGCUGCAGCUUAAGACCAGCCAGAGCGAUCAGCACAUCUAUGGGCGGGUAAGGGAGCCGCCAGAGCCGGAUAAGGCAGAGCGCAAGCGUCCGCGACUUUCACGCAUGCGUCUGCUGCAGCAGAGCGAACGGGACAGCGGCAGCGACUCCAACGAAGGCAGCGCUGGCGAUGGAGCACCAGCAUCCUUGUAUUUGAACGAGAGCAUUUGUCACUGGAUGACGUCAUUGCGGCAACAAGUGCAUCACUAUGACGAAGGAGCGGGGGCGUGGCAGCAGCUGCCAAAGAGCGUGCCAGCCGCCUACGAAAGGGAGCCAACGGCGGAAGAACCUGUGACGCUGCGCAAGGAGGACAAACUAAGUUUGAUCAGUGACUUUAAGAGAAAGCUGCAGCUGAAGAGGGAGCCGCCCCAAGAUCGUCGUUGCGGCAUAACGGCCGAGUUUGUGAAUGAGUUUCUCAGCCAGAAGAGCCACCCCCAGCCUGAAGAGAGCCAGCCCCCAAUGACCGUGAGCAGAGCAGAAGAGAUGACGGCACUGCCCAAAAUCCCACUCUUGCCGCUCAUGCAGAGCCUCGCUCUCUCGAUCAGCCUGCACGUGUGUGUGCGUGGCCCGCUCAGUGCCUAUGACAAAUCGCUCAGCCAGUGGCUUUGGGAGCAACAACAACGCCUGCUGAUCAACGGUUAUCGCGGGAGAGCGCGUGACCCAAGGCACGAGGGGCGGGGGCGACGUCUCUUUGCUCGUGCUCUGGCCCCAAGAGCCCCCAGUUCUGUUAGCAGCAGAGCGUCUCUCAUUUUAACAGGAAUGUCUGUUGGCCGGAGCUGCAUAUCCCCCCACUUCGGCAGAGGGGGAGCAGACCAGAAGCCUUCCUCUGACAAACGCGUACGUGACGACGUGUAUGCUGCUGCGCGUGCGAGCGGGAGAGCGCGAGAGGGUGCCAGUGUUAGUGCGAGUGAUAGCGCAAUAAACAAUAGUAAUAGCAGCAGCAGCAACAACAACAACAACAGCGGCCACUGCGCAGGCGGCAGAGCUUUGAUGGCAGCGCCAAAAACAACAGGCGAGGCAGAGCGCCCCAAUAAUAAUAAUAACAACAACAGCAAUAGCAGCAGCAAUAACAAUGAUGACAAUGACAGCAGCACAAACAACAAUAACAACAAUAACGGCAACAUGAGCAAUUGCAAUGUCAGCGAUCAGCAGCAACAACAACAACAAAAGCCACAGGAGCAGCAGCAACAAAUCACACAGAAUUGCGUUAUCAAGGUGCGACGACCGGCGCCCAAGGUUCCGGUUCGAAGUCCGCAAACGGCUUUAAGUAAUCCCCGUCAGGCGGAUAGUGAGCCGGAUAAGGAGAAGCAUAGUCCUACGAUGGAUAUGGAGGUGGAGGAGGAGGACGAGGAAGAAGAAUCCAUUUACCAGCCCAUUUGGCAGUUCAAGACUUUGGAGCAUCCGGAAAUAGUUGAGGCCCAGGCUACAAACGCAGAAGAUGACGACGAUGAGGAUGAUGAGGAGCAGGAUGAUGAUGAUGAUGAUGAUGAUGAGGAUGAGGAGGAGGUCCUGGAGGACUACGACGAGUCCCUGCCCUCCGAUGCCGAUGCAGACGUUAUGGCCCUCCAAGCGGCCGCUGUCUUUGCCGCUGGCGUUCGCCACAAGCUUUCCACUUCCACGCUGACAAAGCGCUCCAAGCUAAUGCUGCCCACGCCCCUGCCAUCGCCCACCGCCUCCAUGGACCAGGGUGCCUGGGAGACGGACAUGGAGUUCAUGUUCCAUCGGGAAAGCAAAAACGCCGAGGAGGCCGAGGCGGCAGCAGAAGCGGCCGAUAGCCUGAGUCUGGGCAGCACCAUCACAAACAGUACAGCCACUAUGGGCUCCAUCAGUAGCACGGGGAGCAGCGCCAGGCAUCCAGUUGCGCCAAGGGAUCAGGUGCCCGUGGAGCAGGCACCCCUGAUUCAUCCCAUCCUGCGGAACAUAUGCAUCUUCUACAGCCCCAAGGAGCCCAAGAAGUACAGCGCCAUAUUCUACGAGUACCAGCGAUCGCAGAUCCACCUCCGCUUCAUGACCCGCAUCCGACGUCCUGCUCCACCGCCACCAGUUCCAUCCUCCACCCAGCAUCCUCAACAGAAGCCACCGCCAGCAGCAACAGUCCAACAGCAGCAGCAGAACGACGACAGCGGCUGCAGCUGCGAGGCAGAGGAUCAGGUGGAGGCGGCCAUUCCCAAGCCCCUCAAGGAGGAGUGGGCGCGGGCGGUUCUGGCCGCUGGUGUUGUGCAUGGCAAAAGGGGCGUGGCCUCGCGAGCGGGUCGCAAGCUAAGAGUGCGCUCCAAUGCCCGGCUUCUGCUCACCGAUUCGGUGCUGGCAUGGCGGGAGCAGCUGCAGGAUGUCCACUGCUGCGAGGACGAAGAGGAUAUGAUUGUGCCAGUGACUGACAUUCUGCAGGCGCAGCAGAUCCAGGAGGACAAUGAGCUACAGCAGACGCAGCAGUCAACGAUCCUGCAGCGCUUCAAGAGCGUAUCCAUUGGUAACCUGCUGGACCUGCCCGGUGAGGAGGAUAAGAAGUCUAUCAAGAAUCGCAUGCGGAUGAAGUUCGCCGUCAACAGCAAUGUGUUUCGCAUCAACCGCUCGCCCAAGAGCGAGAAAAAGUCCAGGGGUCGCCGCGGUCAGGUGAACAGCCUGUAUUUGGAUGAACAGCAAAAGUAUCCGCUCUUUGCCGCCCCCCUCAAUGCCCUGGAGCUGAACAUGACCGAUCAUCCGAAUGUGCCACGCUUCGUGGUGGAUGUGUGUGCCUAUAUCGAGAAGCCGGAGUGCAUCGAACAGGAUGGUAUCUAUCGGGCCUCUGGCAACAAGGUGCUGGUGGAUGAACUGCGCCGCAAGCUGACCCACCUGUACGAUCCCCAAUGGCUGCAAACGGACGACAUACAUACGCUGACCAGUUUGCAUAAGCAGUUCUUCCGGGAGCUAACCUCUCCGCUGAUCACCCAGGAGGCAUACGAGCGUCUGGGCAAAAGCCUGGCCGACGAUGCGGCCAUUGAGCGGAUGAGCCUGGCCUUUGACGAUAUGCCAGAGCCGAAUCGCUCCACAUUGCGCUUCCUAAUCAAGCACCUGACCAGAGUGGCUGCCGCCAGUGCCUCGAACCGCAUGCCGUCCACCAAUCUGGCCAUUGUCUGGGGCCCCUGUCUGCUGAGUGCCAAUCAGAUUCAUUUGGACAUUGGACGCAUGAAUAUGCUGGCCAAGGUGCUGAUUGAGAACUAUGACCGCAUUUUCCAUGCCGACAAUGAGCGUCUUGUGUGCUAAUACAAGCCCCGGUUGCUCUGUCUUAAUCUUCUCCUGCUGCCACGCCCCCUCAACAUCACCCCACCCUCAACAAGCAUCACUUUAAGGACAAACCCAGCAUCGAUUUAAGUGCCUCAAGACAUCACCAUCCUCUUUCACUUAAUUUUAGUUCUAUUUUCUUUUUUUUUUUUUUUUUUUUUUUUUGUAUCUCAUAUGUUUCCUUUUGUUAAUUUUAAUGUUUUUACUAGUUUAUUUAUUCAUUUGGAAGCGUUCCAUCGUCAUCCAGCAAAUACUUACCAAAAAGACAGUAGACUAAGUUAAUACUAAAAAAAAAAAAAGCUAAAGAGAAAACUCGGUUAUAAGGACUGCGUGGCGGUACAGUGAGCACCCCAUAACAUGACGGAAUAUUCAGCAAAAUAAUUUUAAUUAUUAUUAUUAUUAUUAUUAUUUUUUUUUUUUUGUACAACAUCGUAUAUGAGAUGUGAUAUUCCCUGUUGCAAGACAUGAAUAAAAUAUGUGUAUUUAUAUCUAUAAAUUAACAAUAUGAAAUAUAUAUACAAAUAAAGUGCAGUAAAGAACA